AUGAGUCCAUCAUCGUCUGUGUCAGGGUCAUCCGGAGCGGAGUCAUGCGAUGAGGAUUUCUCUGUCAUUGAGCGCCUUGCCGAUGCUAUUCGCAUCGAAGAAGACGUUAGGUUCUCGCCCGAUGAGAGAGCAUUGCUUGUCAAAGAAUUGUAUGAGGGGCCGAGGAAGUGCCAGUGCUGCGUAAACUGGAUCGAAGAAUGCCCCGAGCACGUCGUUGUUCCUGUUUUCGAUGAGCCGGAGAAAGAGAUCGAUGUUGGACCACCUCUCGUCAUUCGAAGACGUGUAAACCACAGCGAGAACAGUACCCUCGUGUCGCUCGACUCGAUCGAAAUCCGCCAUGCAGCAGCACGCCAGGUAUUGCUCGACGUCUUUAGCAUGUAUGACGGCUUUGUCGGCGUCAUUCGACACUUGGUAUUCAAGGCGCCGUUCCAUGUGUUCUUCUGGCAUUGGGACCGCUUCGAUGAGGCCGUCGCCAACGAAGAAGAUCCCGAAACCCGCAAGGUCCUAGUCGCCCUGCGCGCCGUCGUGAAACGAGAGCUUGCCGAGGCUUUUGCCAUCUCAAAAGAGCUCGCCAGCAACGGUGUCAUUUCGAGCAUGUUUCUUUGGGCACUUUUUGCGCCUGGCUCCAUCGUCUAUGGUCGAGAGGGUAUCCAUGAUCGCUUCUACGUUGUUGAUGCGGUCCAAGUCGACCCCUUUCAGACAGGGCUCAACUUGCGCUUCGUGGACUGGACUGGACGUCGGUUUGGCGGGGCUUCUAAGCACAUUUCGAUGCCAAACUUUUUCGGCACCCGACGAAUCACGUCUUUGGCAGUCUACCCAGCGACGUACCUCGACGACUUGCCGAAAGUGCAGGCAAGUUUACUCGCCAGGGGCCGCAAGUUCGCCGGGCUGGCCGGCAUGCAUUACAAGUCCUACCGGUCCUGGUCCGGUGCGAAGGCCGGCUCAUCCGACCAGCAGCACGAAGAGAGCAGGAUCGUUCUUGACACAUCCGAACAUGCGCGACGUCCCCGAACUCAACCACUGUGGAAGAGGUGUCAGCAUGGGAUUCCUCUCCACACGUUCCUCAUCAGUCAAGAGCCCAUUGACAAGGUGCCCCGAGGUCGGCAUAUACCACUACCCAACCCAAAUCAGAACCCCCAGGGGCCGCCGGUCCCAGGUGCGCCUUACAUGAAUAACGGUUGGAAUAACAAUGUGGUCCCUCAUCCACCUCGCCCUGGUCGUCCCCAUAGAUCUUAUGGCAAGGGCCCACUUGUCCCGGUUUGCGAUAGUGACAGCGAACAGGAUGAUGAUGGUGGCGGUCUGGUUAUCCUUCUUGCUGGCGAACCAGGUGUUGGAAAGACCCUGACAGCUGAAUCUGUCGCGGAAAAAAUACAGGCGCCUCUGUACAAGCUUGAACUUGGAGAGGGCAACUCCGUUCAAAUGAAGGAGACUGACGAAUCUCGAUCGAGGUCUCGUUCGCGGUCGCGACGUCGUAGCCGUAGUCGUAGCCCCGAGCAGGUCAGUAGCGAUGUCAAGACAGCCUUCAAUCUCGCUUCUCGGUGGGGCGCUGUGCUCCUCAUCGACGAAUGCGACCUCUACCUCGAGCAGAGGAGCGACACUUCGACGCAACGUAACAAACUUGUAUCCCGCUUCCUCACGGAACUGGAAUACUAUCCUUCGCUGCUUUUCCUCACCACGAACAGGGAACGCGUUCUCGACCCGGCGGUGUACUCGCGCAUCCACCUGACCAUCAAUUAUCCGGCGCUUGACGCGCCUUCCCGAACCAAGAUCUGGACAACCUUCUUGUCGCAUGGUACCGAGUCCUCCAUCUCAGAACGCGAGCUCGAGGUCUUGGCGAAUAUCGACGUCAAUGGUCGGCGCAUUCGUAACAUUGCGAAGACAACCAAGAUCUUGGCCAAACGAGCUGGGCGACCCAUCUGCUUUGACGACGUUAAAAAAGUCAUGAGGAUCACAGAGGGUCUCGUCAUCGAGGAUCCUGAGCCUGAGCCGGAGUAUCAGGACGCGCAGGAUCCGUUCGGGCUGGACGGCUUUCAUUAGGGCAGUGGCCUGCAUUGCGGCCAUUACGAAUUACGUCCAUUAUGAGUAGUUUCCUUCAUUGAGCUUUCUUUUGCUAUUUACAUGACCACUGGGCCCUGUUUUAAUUUGAUGCUCCUUUCGGUCUUCGAGAAUAUCAUACAAUAUUUACCAACUAAGAGAACGACAUGAAAGUCUCCAAUGUCGAUUUCCAUGCCUCACAGCCAAGUGGCUUAAUUGACUGUACGGUGUGCUCAUGCU